GCAGCUGCUGUGGGGGUCAUGCUGGUCCUGAUUCUGGUGGUCCUCAUCCCUGUGCUGGUCAGCUCCGUUGGCACAGGUGGCAUAGAUGACAGUGCGAGCCACUACGAGAUGCUGGGCACCUGCCGCAUGGUUUGUGACCCCUUCCCCACGGCGGACCCAGGGUUGCACGCAGGGACCGAUACAGCAACCGCUGGCCUACGGGUGGACAAUGAUGCGGAUCUGAGUGACCACAGCAUCGGCCCACCGCUGCCUACUUACAGUGCUCAUGGCCCACAGGGCAAACCAGGACGUCCAGGUAAGCCUGGAGCCCCAGGACCACCUGGAGAGCCAGGCCCACCAGGACCUAAGGGUCCACCGGGAGAUGGUGUGGACAUUGUGCGUACUGGGAUUCUGGGAUUAGGGGGUAGAGGGGCAGUUAGCACAACCACAUACAACACCACACCUCGGGUGGCGUUUUUUGCAGGACUACGAAACCCUCAAGAAGGUUACGAUAUUCUACGAUUUGAUGACGUGGUGACAAAUAUCGGCGGUAACUUUGAGGGCGCAACCGGCAAGUUCACCUGUAAGAUUCCUGGCACCUACUUUUUCAUCUACAAUGUGCUGAUGAGAGGAGGAGAUGGCACCAGCAUGUGGGCUGACCUGAUCAAGAAUGGUCUGGUCAGAGCCAGUGCCAUCGCUCAAGACCAGGACCAGAGUUAUGACUACGCCAGCAACAGUGCCAUCCUUCAUCUGGAUGCAGGCGAUGAGGUUUUCAUCAAAUUGGAUGGGGGCAAGGCUCACGGGGGCAACAGCAACAAAUAUAGCACCUUUUCAGGGUUCAUCCUCUAUGCUGACUGA